CCUAUAAAUGGUGGUACCAUAUAUUCCCAAAUUUCCUGCGUUUCCUCUCCCGCACAUUCGCCCAAUGCAAAGCAACUUUAAUUUAUUCGCUGAAAAAAUACAAAUCCAAAAUCAUUUCCCGAUGAAAGCUCUGUCGCUCUCCCUCUCCACAGCCACAUCUCCUCCCCUAUAUAAUACUACCUCUCUCUCCUCUUCCUCCAUUUUCCUCGCUCCUCUUCUUUCUCUCUCCUCCAGAUUCUUCACAUCGCCAUUUCUGCACCACAAUCCCAUUUUCCAGCCACACAGCUACUCCAUGGCUACUUGCAUACACUCCAGUGCAAGAACUCCUCCCAAAACCACUCAAUCGGUCGACGAUCGCGUCUUCGACAGCUACACCAGAUGUUGCAGACCUAAUUUCGUCGAUCACGUUUCUCGCGUCCCCAUCCACACGCAAGCAGUAACCGUUGUAGAUGAAGAUGAGGUUGCCAGAGAGAGCGAUGAUUUGUGGCUGCGGAUGAAGGAGGAGGCCAGGUCAGAUAUUGAUCACGAACCCAUUCUGUCAAGUUACUAUCAUACUUCGAUUCUAUGCCACGAUUCCAUAGAAAGUGCUCUCGCCAAUCACCUCUCCAUGAAAUUGAGCAAUUCCAGCCUUCCUAGCGGCAUCCUUUAUGAUCUAUUCUUAGGGAUUUUAGCAGGGGAUGGAGAAAUAAUUAGGGCAGUGAUGGAUGAUUUGAGAGCGGUUAAGGAGAGGGACCCUGCUUGUAUCAGUUUCGUGCACUGUUUCCUAAACUUCAAAGGAUUCUCUGCAAUUCAGGCGCACAGGAUAGGUCACAAUUUAUGGUGCAAAGGCAGAAAAGUAUUGGCUCUGUUGAUACAAAGUAGGGUUUCAGAAGCUUUCGCGGUGGAUAUCCAUCCAGGAGCGAGAAUUGGCAGGGGGAUUCUGCUGGAUCACGCGACGGGCGUGGUUGUUGGGGAGACUGCCGUGAUUGGGAACAAUGUGUCAAUUCUGCAUAACGUGACGUUGGGCGGCACGGGGAAGACCUGCGGCGACCGGCACCCGAAAAUCAGCGACGGCGUUCUGAUUGGGGCGGGGACUUGUGUUCUGGGCAAUGUUAGGAUCGAAGAGGGGGCUAAGAUCGGUGCUGGGUCUGUUGUGUUGAAGCAGGUGCCUGCUAGAGCCACUGCAGUUGGGAAUCCUGCUAGAUUGAUGGGAGGGCGGCUGGAGAAGACGCCCAGCUUCACCAUGGAUCAGACCUCGCAUAUAUCUCAGUGGUCUGAUUAUGUGAUAUAGAAGAGUGAGUCACACUCUAACUUGUCUUAUUAGCAGAGGCUCUUAAUAUACAUGUUGAUGUAGUGUAUCGGCUUGAAUUCGGUGUGUAUGUCCAACUUUUUGGCUAUAUGAUAUUGAUUGAUAUUUUGCCCA